AAUAUUUGCUAAUUUAUCAUAAAAAUAGUUGUAGUUUCUAUAUAAAAUAAAGGACAUCAUGAAUAUUUCAUCACGAAUUCAUCGAUCAAUAACGCAGUGUUUGGUUUUCUCCAAAAGAAAUAAGGGAGCUUAUCCGCGAUUUUACGUGAAACCCAAGACACCACAGUGGUUCUACACAAAACCCCAGCCGGCAUUUGAUAUUCACAACCCAAAGAAUCGCAUUGUCAGCAAUGCAAUUCCCCCAGAAUUCAGGCAUGUCUACCCGGAAUUUCUGCCAGAUCCGAAGAUUGAAUGGCGCAAUACGGUACGAGAGAAGCUCGAACGCAUGGAUAUGCUGAAUAGAAGGAAACAAAUUGACAUCCCGGAAUUCUAUGUGGGAUCAAUUCUGGCUGUAACUACGUCAGAUCCCCACUCAGCCGGCAAAACAAAUCGUUUCGUGGGCAUUUGCAUUGAUAGAUUCUAUACGGGCAUCCGAACGGCAUUUAUCCUCCGCAAUGUUAUUGAUCAUCAGGGCAUUGAGAUUGAUUACCAAAUGUACGAUCCCACAAUUCAGAAGAUUGAAGUUCUUCGUCUGGAGAAGAGACUCGAUGACAAGCUGUACUACCUGCGCGAUUGCUAUCCGGAAUAUUCAACAUUUGACCCUGAAAUGGAAGCGGAAAUCCUCCCGGAAGGUGCCUCAGUUCCCGUUAAUCCCGUUCAGGCAAAACUCAAACCACGUCCAUGGUUGGAACGUUGGGAGCGACAAGACCUCAAAGGAGUCUCCAAUGUCCUUGAGCACUGUGUGGAGAAGCAUCUGCGGAAGGCGAAGAAGGUUGAGACGCCAUGGGAGAAGUAUGACCUCAUGAAGCAGUAUCGACGCACAAUUCCCGAAGAAGAGCAGAGUGCUGUCUAUUCGGAAGUCUUCUCGGAGUUGCACCAACUGGAGCUGAUGCGGAAGAAGCUGAAGCGAAAGAAGGUCUUUGUACGUCCCAAGAAAGCUUAGAAUAAUGUUACACAAAGUUAGUUCUUCAAGAAAUUUUUCUUAAUAAAAUUAAUUAGACGAA